AUGAACCAAUAUUGUUGUAACCUGAUUUUAUGCAUUGCAGAAUCCCCUGAUGAAAUAGCCAGUCAUUUUAUUUACAGCGUGAUUACCAGGUUCUACCAGCACAUCCUGGCCUUGGUGUUUGCCAUCCAUGAAAUCAAUAAGGACCUUGGGAUCUUGCCCAACAUCACUCUUGGGUUCCACAUCUAUGACACCUACUCCAAUCAAAGGAUGGCCUAUCGCACCACUCUGGACCUGCUCUUCAAAUCACAGAGAUUUGUCCCCAACUACAAAUGUGGCAUCCAGAGAAAUCUAAUUGGAGUCAUUGGGGGAAUUGAUUCCGAUACUUCCUCACACAUGGCAGACAUAUUAGGUCUUUACAAGAUUCCACAGAGGCUCUCCUUCAAUAACGGUGCCGGAGAUGAAGUUGCAUUUAAUGAAUUCGGAGAAAUAGCAGCUGGAUUUGACAUUACAAACUUGGUCACAUUCCCAAAUGACUCCUAUGUCAGGGUCCAAGUGGGAAGACUGGACCCUAAAGCUCCUAUAGGACAAAAGUUCACCAUUGAUCAGGAAAGAAUUGCAUGGAACAUAAACAUGACUCAGGUGCCACCCAUCUCUCUGUGCAAUGAACAGUGUCUGGCCGGAUACCACAAGCAAAAGAAGGAGGGGAAGAAAUUUUGCUGCUAUGAUUGUGUUCUGUGUCCAGAAGGGGAGUUUUCAAACCAGAAGGACAUGGAUACUUGUGUCAAUUGUCCAGAAGAUCAACACCCAAGCCAAGACCAAGAUCAAUGCAUCCCCAAGAUUCCAAACUUUCUCUCUUUCCAAGAACCUUUAGCCAUCGUUUCAGCUUUCUCUGCACUGCUCUUUUCCAUAAUCACAGCUCUGGUGCUUGGAGUCUUCAUUAAGAACCGGGACACUCCCAUCGUCAAAGCCAACAACAGCAGCCUCACCUACACCCUCCUCAUCUCCCUUCUGUUUUGUUUUAUCUGCUGCUUCCUGUUCAUUGGACUGCCUAAGAAGUCAACCUGCCUUCUACGACAAAUGGCUUUUGGCAUCAUCUUCUCAGUGGCCCUUUCUAGCAUCUUGGCCAAAACCAUCUCUGUGGUCCUGGCAUUCUUGGCUACCAAACCAGGAUCCAGAAUGAGGAAAUGGGUGGGGAAAAGACUGGCAUAUUCCAUUGUCUUCUCCUCUUCCAUGGUUCAAGCAGGGAUCUGUGCGGUGUGGAUGGCAAGCUCUCCCCCAUUCCCAGAUUUGGACACUCACUCCCUGAAAGAAGAAAUCAUCGUGGAAUGUAAUGAAGGGUCUGCCAGUAUGUUGUACUGUGUCCUGGGCUACCUGGGACUUUUGGCCACUCUCAGUUUCACUGUGGCUUUCCUAGCCAGGAAAUUACCCGAUUCUUUUAACGAAGCAAAACUGAUCACCUUCAGCAUGUUGGUCUUUUGCAGUGUUUGGGUGUCCUUUGUUCCCACCUACCUGAGCACCAAAGGGAAAUACAUGGUAGCUGUGGAGAUCUUCUCCAUCUUAGCCUCCAGUGCUGGGUUAUUGGGCUGCAUCUUUUUCCCCAAAUGCUACAUUAUUGUGUUAAGGCCUGAGCUGAACAAAAGGGAGCAGCUAAUAAGGCGGGUGACAUAA